UUUGUUAUUUAUUUGUUUUAUCUCUCAUUUGUGAUAAUUAUAAGCAGUUUAUAAGCGGUGGUCAACAGUUGAUCCCUGAUCUGAAUCACCAGUGCUGUCGAUAUACACCAAUCAUCGACUUAUAGCUCACAUUUCAUAACAAGAUUUCAGUCGAGAUUUUUCCGAGAAAUUGAGAAAACUAUUUGUGAUUCACAUCACGUGAUCAGUGAGUGGUUCGCCAUUUGCACUGUUACUACAAAAAGCAGUACAAAAACAGUGUAUUUGUGUCACCAUUUGAAUCAAUUAACCAUUAGUUUCGUGGCCUUUACUGAUCACCACUUGUUAUCACCAUUUGUUACACACUAUUGAAUACAUCCAUUCAUCACAAUCAUGUCGGACGCGAAUACUGUGAGCGACGGACACUUGCUGUCGAUGGCCACCACAUCGGACCCGACGGUCACCCACCACUUGAGCCAAUCGCCAGACAUGGGAACCAAUGAGUUGGAGAAGAUUGUCAACAAUUACAACAGGAUUUGCUCGCAAUUACCGCAACUGAAUGGCUAUAACGCGUGGGUUCAGGACUUCUUCGCUCUUAUGAGGAGCGAGUGGACCCGUUUGCGGUCAUAUCACGCGCGGCCUAACUCGCAGUGGACGCUGGAGUACGUGUCGGCCGAGGAGUUGGCGAACGCCGGCUUCUUCUUCCUCAACGGCGACAGAGUUCAGUGCGCUUUCUGUCGCGGGAUUGUCAGCGGAUGGCAAAGAGGCGACCGACCGCUCGCUGAGCACAGCCGUCAUUACCCGCGCUGUCCGUUCAUUAUGGAGGAGGACGUCGGGAAUGUGCCCAUUGGUAGGGAUCCCAUUCGGGACGCCAAGCGGGGGCACGACGUUUGCGGUAAUAUGAGCGCACCGGAGGAGUCGGUGCUCAACUCGAUAGCGGUCAACAGCGCCGACAUAAAGGCGACUAAUAUGAGUGAAUACGGAGUGCAGCCCCAUAACGGACCCAAAAAUCCUAAUUAUAACUCCGUUGACAUGAGACGCCGUUCCUAUCAGAACAUGUGUUGGGAUGACUCCAUACCCGUGAGCACCGAUACGUUAGCGGAGGCCGGCUUUUACUCGAUUGGAAUGAGUGAUUACGUGAAGUGUUUCUACUGCGACGGCGGUCUCUGUAAUUGGGAGCCGGGCGACGACCCCUGGAUAGAGCACGCGAAGUGGUUCCCCGACUGUCACUUCGUACUGCUAAACAAAUCGCCGGAGUUUGUGGACGAGUGCCGCCAAAUGGUGGCCAACGAGAGGCAGACGAACGCGGAGCUGAACAGCGACUCCGACCCAGAGAUGGGUAGCUCUAGUGGUUACGACUCGGACGAGGAGAUUGUGAACGCGUUGGGCGUGCGAGCGGUGGCCGAGUGGAUGGGCACCGGUAUUGUGGUGCAAAUGCUGGAGUUGGGCGUCGGUAGCGUCGAUGUGAUCAAAGCGGUGCUCAAUAAGAGAUGGCACGCAGAGCGACAGCCGUACACGUCGUUCGCACAGCUGUACGACGCCGUCAUCUCCGAGACGAGGAAUGGACGCAAUGAACACAAUUGUCCAGUGAUUGCCAACAGAAUAGAUAAUCACAGUUCGGACGAACACUACAGCAGUGGUAGCGAUGAUGACUACCACUCCGGCGGCGAAGAGCCACCGCUGCCGUCAUCGCAGUCGUCACUAUCGUCGACCACAUCGUCGUUAUCCAACUAUACGUCUUCGCCGGCGCCGGAAGUGGCGUCCAGUGAUAGCGAGCCGACGACUCGCGUAGAACUGUCAGCAGACAACACAUUCUAUACAGACCUGGCGCUCUAG